CUAGUCUUUCACAUAUUUGACGCCUGUCACCAUAUAUUUUGUCCCUCCAAACGAUCCCAGAAUGCACUGUGAUCUCUUGUGAAAAGGCUAAUUGGCAUUCUAUUCGCCAAACUAUCAAACGUAUCGUGGCUUGGCUGAAUUGUAUCGCGACACUUUCGUGACCAUAAAAUAUGUUUGAAUGAAGUUUAUACUGGGAUCAAACUAAGCUAUUAAAUUCCACUUUAUCUUUGAACUGUAAUUUUGGCUGGUGGUGACAGCAGUGGAGCGGGCCAGCCCGGCUCCAUAUGACCAGCCCCUUAGGCUCAGCUGCAAUUAUACAGAACGGAAUAUUGUAACAUCCACUAAAGUAGUGCAUGUAUUCCACUAGCAAUCACUGCAAUGUAAUAUUAAGACAGAAGAUAUGCAAUAAAUUUUAACAAAUGUUACUUGGCAUGUUUUAGCUCAAAUGAGGUCCAUCCACACAGAUUGUAAAAAGAUUGUGACAGAGUACAGUGAUGGAGAGAUGCCUUUCUAUGAAUACAAGGCGAAGAUGAGGAAAUGCAUGGAUCGUAAGUAUUGAUAUGAUUGAAGAAACUCCACGUUUUACUACCCACAAGCAUGUUGAUGAGCGAGACAAAUUUUAUUUUAUUUAACUUUUGCCAACUAGGGCAGGGUCACCACAACAGCAUAUGCCAAUUACUGUGGAGUGUGGGCCCUUUUACCUAACCCACCCUGUCAACUUUCCUUGUGGGAGGAAAUCGGAUUACCAGGAGAAAACCCACGACUUUCGGUAGAGCGUCGACUUUUUACUCUUUUCACACGAGGACUGGGUUCGACUCGCAUUAAGAAAGUUCUCACUGAGAUUUGAAGGUGAAAGACGAGUGCGCUAACCACUUCGCCACUGAAGCCCUGGUUUAAAGCUUGAUCUACACCAUAGUUAAUAUAGAAGACCUAUAUUAAAGCCGGUUUUCCACUAGGCGCGCGGAGUGGAAUUUUUCUUUGUCUUUUCUAAUUAGUUCCACCCGAGAAAUCACAAGACAAAGAAAAAUUCCGCUCCGCGCGCAAAAUUCCGCCUAAUGGAAAACCGGCUUAACUAUGUUUACACUAUCAAAGUUUCUGUGACCACAGUGGGAAUUUUGCAAAUUCUAAGUUUUGAAGGAUGUGUAAGAAAUGUUUCAUGGAACUGACUUGGUGUUAAACACAAAGAUUGUGUAACCAGCAUUAACUCCUAAUCACAAGAAAGGUAUGAAUCUCACUGGAUCUCUAGGGAGACCAGUUUAGUGAAACUCAAAGUGCUGGACUACUUUAGGUGAAGUAGUACUUCAAAAUGAGUCGAAGAACUUCGACUAUAUACGAUAAGAACCAACCAUUUCUAUUUCUUCACAGGCCAAGAAAGAACCAACAUCCCAAGUUAUGACGACAUGGAUGAAUUCACCCCAUCCUUCAACAUCCCUGGCCCGCCUUCCAAGAGAUUUGAGACGCCAAGAAAUUUCCAACAACAACCAGAUCCAUAUCAAAACUACGCUUAUAAUUAUAACAAUUAUCAAUACCAAGACCAAAGUAAGACAUCAAUUGAUGUUUGAAAUUUUGCAAUAAAAAAAUAAUAUACGAAGUAAACCUAACCCUUAAAGACCAUGUAAAGUCCGUAAUGUAAACAAACGCUUUGUUUACAUUUGAACUCAGUGCUACAGUUGUAAAAUAUGAUGCCUGGUUUCCAAUUUCCAUAUGGUCGUAAUAAUAGAGUCACGAUCUUUCUCAACGGCCAGUUUAGAAUAGUUUAUCCCUGUAAACCACAUAUAAAUCAUAAGUAUUCUCUAGUUCUAAUCACUCCGCGUAUUUUCAGUUCUAAAAUGUUGUUGUAUUUUGACCGAUGAGAAAGAUCUUGAAUCAAUCUUUACGACCAUAUGGAAACCAGGGUUUACUUAGUCUUUAAUCUUAACCCUUUCCCCAAUCCAAACCCUAAGUCUAAAAAUAGUAACUCACCCUUAAAACGUGACUCGUAUGUCCCAUUGAUCAUAAACCGAUCGCGUUGCAUUGACUACUUUUCUUCUUUCAGAUGCUUACGGACGACUGGAUCAAAGAGCAAACAUCGCUACUCCUCAGGCUCCACAAUACGCAGCUCCACAAUAUGCAGCUCCACAACAAGCGCAAGCAUUUCCCUCGAACUACAACUACUAUCCACAAACCCAGCCUGAACAACACGUCAAUACACGAAGUGAAAUACCAUCAUACCCACAGGUUUUCUACUGAUUUACUAUUAGUAAAUUAAAUUAAGUAAAGGGGGGACAUCUUCAGUUGUAUGCAAAUCACACUGAACAGAUCUUACAACUGCGAGCUCACGUGACAAGAUAUAAGCCGAUGAAAAUUACUAAAGUAUUCAUAUCAUUACAAGUUUUACUGACUGAUGAAAUGCAUAGAAAUGUGCUUUUUCGUGCUUUCGUAGUCAAAGAAAUUAGUUUUUAAACUAUUCAUCUGACAUCAUAUGAAAAAACUGUAAUAAUUUUUAUUUUCAUUGGUUGAAAAUUUACAUCCAGUAAAUCUUACAUAAUUUAUGAUGUAAAUAUAUUUACAUUUUGGUAUUUAGUUACUGAAGUGGUGAAUUUAGAAUAGUUGAUUGCAAGGCAGGAAAAAAUAAUUUUCUUCCUGGGAGCACAACCUGGAGACAAAAAUUCCUGCAGACCAACAGAGUAUUUUUCUGCCAAAUCUGCAUGUGCAUAAAUAUAUAGUGUUCUAGUUGACCAUGGUUUUAUUCAAGGAAUGUCUGUCAACCAUAUGUUGUUGCGCCCAUAGUGGGACAUGGGUGUUAAGGUUUCCUUCAAAUUGUCAAUAGCAAAUCUUCGUUCAAACGAAUUUCCUGCAGCUGUUAAACAUUUCCUGCGAGCAUGGCUCGCCUAUUUGGUUGAUUGAUUUCCAUUUCAUGGGUGGUAGUCUGUCAGUGUUAAUAUCCCAUGUUUUAAUAAGGUUUCAAACGCUUUCGUUACAGGAACAAUUCAAAUCAACAAUGUAUGAUACAAGCAUCGUUAAAAAAGACGAAAUCCCGCGACCUGACGAACAGUGACGAUAACAGACAUACACAUUCAAACUGAAGAAUUAUGACUUUACUAACUGCUGUGUAGCGCAAUUUCUCGGCGCAUGCUUGAAAUCCGAUUGUGAUAAUCGAUACUCCAGAGCCAGUCAGUUACUCCAUAAAUAAUUGUUGCAAUAAGCUAUAGAUCUUGUCUCUGAUGUGGCGAGGAAGAAUUUCCAAACCCUGUGAUCUCUCACAUAAAAACUGGUCUGUCUUGUGAUAACCAUCAUUGACAGUAUUUAGUUGCAUUUUGCGGAAUCGUCAGGGUAUUUUAAAUGUCAGAUUUACUAACGAUAUCUCUUUAAAUUUUUAAAUAAAUCAGUCGAGAAAAAAUUUGUAAAUACUUACCUUACCACAAAAUCACGUACAAAUGAAAGCGCACCGGAUUUGCGGAAAUCGUCCUAGAAAGCGGGCCAGUGGACGAAGGUCAUUUCUUUUCAAUUUCAAUCAUGAGUUUUUCAGUGAUUCUCGUCUCUCGAAUGCCUAGUUAACGCUGAACUUUGGAACGUUGUCCACAAUAAGUUGGUCACAACAUUUUUCCAUCGGAAACACGCUUCUAAUAGGGAACCUCGCAGGCCACAGUGUUAGUGGGAAUUCGGUUCACGAGGCCACCACAUGUCCAAUACUGGAAACAUUUUCAGGAAAUAGAUACUAGUCGUCCUUCCAAUGUUUCCCACUUUCUUAACUGGCUUUAAUUUGACCACACACCAUCAGGAGGCAUUUUAAACGAAAUUUAGGCACAGUGGGAAAUUCGGUUUAAUUAAGAAGCAAACCAGUUACUGUGUUGUUGUUUUUCCCACAUUUUUAAAGUAUUAUCACACGUUCCUUGGAAACCGAACUAUAGGGCGCAUGUAAACCGGGUCAUGACGAUACUGUUGUACGCACAAGAGAAAUAGUACAAACGAAUCUUUAGUCGCACCUUUUUAAUGGAACAUCAACUAUACUUGUAUAAAAUUGUACUUAACUAUGACUAUGUACUACGUAUAUAAAUGGAGUGAUCACGCACAUCAAGCAUAAUCUGCAGUUUGGAUGGUAUAAAAACAAUGGUAUUACAACAACUGGGACAAAUAUUAGUAACGAACAUAUUUAAAACUUUUAUCAUAGCGGAACGUCCAACUACAAUUGUCUGUUGACGAAUAUUUCAUAGAUGAUAAGUCUGUCUGCAUCUUUGCUGAGCUUCGAAUCUGCGGGUCAAAGGAAAACACAAUGAACGAAUAAUACAUUGGGUAGCCUUCUCGGAAACCAUGGUAACCCUGGAUUCUAGGAACUCUGGUAACCCUUUAAAUGACGUAAGAUGGGCGAGCUAGAUCGAUAUAUUAGGUAACCCUCUAGAUGGGAUAAUCGGAUCGUAAGCGUUAGAAUACCGUAGCACAUAGGUUUAAAUUUUACACUGCUGCAUGGUAAGUUUGGUAACAAUGGUAAUUUUGGCACACAAUACACUAGAUAACGUUUUAAAUUGGUAAGGUAAUCGAUAAUUCAAUUUUAUUGAUAAGGUAUCACUGGUACUGUAACAGGCAGGUAACCUUAGAAUGUGUGAUCAGAUGGUAUAACUAGGCCCACAACGUCGAUUUGAACAUAUAGGGGUAACUGUUUGGCUGAUGAACAAUGGGACAGUUAUGGUUUCGGAUAUUGGCUACAGUUGGGUCAAGGUCAUUGGAAAGGUAAUCUUAUUGGACAAAUUGAACAAUGGUAUCCUGGUAACUGGUUGGAAUAUAAUUCAAAAAUUAAAUGGCUGAACAGAUGGUAUGGACAGAAUUCAUGGUACAGCUCAGAGAGGACAAAGGUAUACUGGUAGCAAUACAAUUUGGUUUGGUGUCUGAGAUUUCCUGGAAAGAUGAUCUUAUUAUUGAGGCAAACAUGGUAACAAUAGAUUUGGAAGGUAAUCUUAUUGCACAAAUUAACUAUGGUAUCAUGGUAACUGGUUGGAAUAGAAUUCAAAAACUAAAUGGCUGAACAGAUUUAUGGAUAGAUUUAUGGAUAGAUUUGAUGGUACAGAGCUCUCAAAGAUGAACAAAGGUAUACUGGUUUUAUACUGGUAGCAAUACAUUUGGUGUCUGAGAUUUCCUGGAAAGAUGAUCUUAUUAUUGAGGCAAACAUGGUACCCUGGUAACAAUAGAUUUGGUCACAUGUCUGUCCUGUGAGUAGUACUAGAACCAUUGAAUGCUCUAGAAGCAAAAAUUUGGUAACAUGGUUGCAACAAGCAACUUCAAUUACUCUGAAAGGUUGGCCAUGUUGAUCAGGUUUGGUUGAAGGAAUUAGAAGGAUACCAUAUUUCAGUGCAGGUAAUAUUCAACUUGCCACAAGGUGAUUAUUGCCUUCAUAACAUUUUUGUGUUGACUAUCUAGUUGAAUAGCUCUUAUUGAGUAGGAUGGCCACAGAUAUUCACCUGGAGUUGAAAUGCUGAACUUAUUGUACAGCAUUUGGUAACAAUAUAUAAUAAGUCUGAAGAUAAAUUAGGUGUCUUACUGAAGCCGACAACCAAGGAAGAAACUAGAGCAACUUUCACUGAGUUUAACUGAUUUUCACUGACUAUUGUGACCUUUCUGGUGGUUUACAAAGGAAACAGCUUGACAGAACGAUUCAUUUUGGAAGCAUGGGUUGCUUGUUGGAUGGUUGCUAUUGAGGAAACCAGUGGUGUGCAAGUAGAUAGGGUACCAUCAAGUGCUGGUCUUCCAUACUUACCCUAAUAUCUCCGCUCUCGGCUACCACCACGACGGCCACGGAAGUCGUCACGGCGAAAAUCUCUGUCUCCCCUGCCACGAAAAUCAUCUCGUCUGAAGUCGUCACGGCCGCGGAAAUCAUCACGCCUGCCACUUCGUCGGUCAUCUCGGAAAUCUCGCCGGUCGUCUCGGAAAUCUCGCCUCUCAAACGAGUCUCUUGGAGCACGGUAACCGCCACCCCCACCUUCGCUUCGCCGUGGUCUUGCCUUUUCACAUUUGAUGACUCUGCCAAGGAAUUUCU